UCUAAGCAGGUUAAACCCUUCAAGGCUGUGUUGUGACUACAUAAGGAGAAAUUUCUGUAGCAUAUUUUUGAGUGAACCUCUCAACAGGACACCAUGAAGACCCUCCACACUAUUCUUCUGCUAGUAUUUGGCAUUACUCUUGCUCAGGCUCUUGAAUACAAGGCUCUAUGGCAGUUCAGGUCUAUGAUCAUCUGUGUCAAGCCUGACAGCUGGCCAGCCCUAGACUACGCAGACUACGGCUGCUACUGUGGUUAUGGUGGCUCAGGAACCCCCGUCGAUGAGCUGGACAGAUGCUGUCAGGUACAUGACCAGUGCUAUGGUGAUGCCAUGCAACAUGAAGCAUGCUGGGCAAUCCUGGACAACCCUUACACUGAAAUCUAUGCCUAUAGUUGUGACGAAGCCACUAAGACAAUAACCUGCAAGAGCAACAACAAUGAAUGUGAGAUGUUCAUCUGUGAGUGUGACCGGAAGGCUGCUGAGUGCUUUUCUGUCUCUGAGUACCAUGAGGGAAACAAGAACCUGCCCAGUGAUCGCUGCAAAUAAUUUAUAGACAACUUACACAACAAGAAGUAGAUCUAGUUAGUAUUUGCAUUAGACAGCUAACCAUUUUAUCAUCUGAGUAUGACAUUAAAGGUAGUUCAAACUGUUUCAACAAUUAUUUUAUGUCUGAAAUUUUCACUUGUUUUACUUCAUCUCAUGAAAAUUUCUUACCCAAGUAAUAAUCAAUAAACAGCUUACGAUAACAAGCAGCUGCUGAGAUUUCUCAUUCAGUUACACUGAUCAGCCAUAACAUUAUGACCACUGACAGGUGAAGUGAAUAAUAUUGAUUAUCUCGUUACAAUAGCACCUGUCAAGGGUUGAGAUAUAUUAAGCAGCAAGUGACCAGUCGGUUCUCGAAGUCGAUGUGUUGGAAACAGGAAAAAUGGGAAAGCAUAAGGAUUAGAGAGACUUUGACAAUGGCCAAAUUGUGAUGGCUAGAUGAUGGUCAGAGCAUCUUUAAAACAGCAGGCCUUGUGGGGUGUUCCCGGUAUGCAGGUUAGUACCUACCAAAAGUGGUCCAAGGACGGACAACCGGUGAACUAGCGACAGGGUCAUGGGCGCCCAAGUCUCACUGAUGCACGUGGGGAGUGAAGGCUAGUCCGUCUGGUCUGAUCCCACAGAAGAGCUAUUGUAGCACAAAAUGCUGAAAAGUUAAAGAUGGAUAUGACAGAAAGGUUUCAGAACACACAGUGCAUCGCAGCUUGCUGCGUAUGUAGCCACAGACCUGUCAGAGUGCCCAUGCUGGGGCCUACAAUGGUGAGCAUCAGAACUGGACCACAGAGCAAUGGAAGAAGGUGGCCUGGUCCGAUAAAUCACAUUUUCUUUUACAUCAUGUGGAAGGUGCGGGUGCGUGUGCAUCGUUUACCUGGGGAAGAGAUGGCACCAGCAUGCACUACGGGAAGAACGCAAGCUGGCGGAGGCAGUGUGAUGCUCUGGGCAAUGUUCUGCUGGGAAACUUUGGGUCCUGGCAUUCAUGUGGAUGCUAUUUUGACACAUACCACCUACCUAAACAUUGUUGCAGACCAGGUACACCCCUUCAUGGCAACGGUAUUCCCUAAUGGAAGUGACCUCUUUCGGCAGGACAAUGCGCCCUGCCACACUGUAAAAAUUGUUCAGGAAUAGUUUGAGUAACAUGACAAUGAGUUCAAGGUGUUGACUUGGCCUCCAAAUUCUCCAGAUCUCAAUCCAAUCGAACAUCUGUGCGGUGUGCUGGCCAUCAAGUCCAAUCCAUGGAGGCCCCACCUCGCAACUUACAGGACUUAAAGGAUCUGCUGUUAACAUCUUUGUGCCAUAUACCACAGCACACCUUCAGGGAUCUAGUGGAGUCCAUGCCUGAACAGGUCAGGGCUGUUUUGGCAGCAAAAGGGGGACCAACCCAAUAUUAGGCAGGUGGUCAUAAUGUUAUGGCUGAUCGGUGUAUAUCUCUUCCUCUUAUUAUAACUGCAACAGUGUUUGCUUUUGGUAAUUUAUGGGAAACACCAUUAAAUCUAUCUGUUCCAUAGUAUAUGUACUAGAAACUGUUUAACAAGGUAUAUAGGAAGUUCUUUAGUUUACACACAACAGAAGGGAGUGCAGUGUGAGAAUGUCACUUUUUAGAAGGUGUACAUUGCAAACAACUGUGUAGUGAACAAAUAGGAAAUUGAGGGUGUUUUUUUCCUACUUUUCCAGUUCAAGUACUUGAUGCUAAGCAACAUUUUCUAAACCUUGCAACAUGGCAAGAGAAACUAAUUGAACAUUCAGUAAAAAUAAAUAAAUUAUUGACAUAUAACAACA